AUUUUUCAGAAGAAUCAGUUCAUGAAGUUUUCAACUCGAGAAAAUCUCGUUGCAGCUGAAGCCGAUUUCCUGCGUUUCUCGUGUUGUAUGAAUCCACACAAUGGAUGGCUUAGAUCUUUUAUUGAUGUACCAAGGAAUAUAAGGUGCGGAGGAUUUGCUUUAUACACGUGUGUGGGCUAUGUUCGAUUGAUGCAAUUUGCAGCGUAUGAAUGUAGAGAAUUGAGCAACGGGCCUUGGUUCACAUGAUCUACUAUGAAUAUGUCUGAAAUGACAACGGAGUCUGCUAAGAAGGUUGAUCCAGUAGUUUCCCGCGCUACAAUUCAGCAUUCUGCUGCUCGAUUCAAAAGAUGGGGCAGGAAGUAUCCGUUUAUCAGAUACGGGCUUCCAUUCAUUUCACUCACUGUGCUAGGGACAGUUGGCCUUGGUCAUCUCUUACAUGGGAGUAAAGAAGUGGCCAAGGUAAAGGAUGAUCAUGAGUGGGAAAUCAUAGAGACUACGAAAGCACUUUCGAGAACAGGACCUGUAGAUGGUUAUAAGCCAAAGAAGAUUUCAUUGGAGGAAGAGCUGAAGGCUUUGCAGCAGAAAGUAGACAUAAACAGCUAUGAGUACAAGAGAAUUCCCAGGCCAGAUGAAGGGAACUCAAGCAAGAAGUAGCUCCUCACUCCCUUUUUGCCGGUUUCUUUGAUAUGACAUAACCUUCACAUCUGUAGACAUCUGUCUUUAGUAAGGUACGAUGUGAUCACUUUAAUCUACUAUUGGCUAUGUUUGAAUGCACUAUCCAAUCAAAUUGCACUUAUUAAUUUAAUGAGCUGGAAUUAACCAAAAUUUAAUGCUGUUAGGGCCUGUUUGGGUGCCACAUAAAACUGAAUUCUUCAUUUUAUUUAAUCCUAAUUAUCUAUUAGAGAUCUUCUUCUUUUUUCUUUAUUUGGCAGGGUUUAAAAACAUAACCUACAAUUUAUAUAAAUUAUGAUGUCUAGUACAUGGUUGAUACCAACCAAAAUGAGAUGAUCACUUUUAAGUGGCACCCAAACAUGCCCUUAGCAUUAUCGUUGAGGUUCUGGCAGGAAAAUUGCAAUUUCAAUACUUUCAAGUUGGACCUGAAAGGAAUGUGACUGCAAUUCGAGGGCUACUUCCUUUCUUGAUUAUUAGAAAACAUCAUUAACGUUUGCCAUUUCCUCUCUUGGUUAAACUAAAUGUUCUUAAUGCAGUUCACUUGGGUAUCGAAAUGCUACGUGAAAUUCUCAUUCUCUGUUACCCAUGCCAUCCAUAGCUUUUCAUCCACUUAUGUCCAUAUUGUAAUAACUAUCUUUAACUGAUGAUAUGGUCCUUGAUAGAGUGGAAUGGUGGAACAUGACUCAUGUAGCCGAUCCCAAAUAGUUGGGACAAGGAUUAGAUGAUGAUAAUUAUGAUUGUAAUAACUAUUUUUGAACCCCACCUUCAAUAUGAUGCUUGCAAUUCUAUAACAUCCACAAGAUUUUCAGACCA